AUGCAUUGUGUUGGUGCUAAUACAAUUUGUAUGUUUCAAAUGGCUCUGACCAAUGGAACCAAAGGCUACUUCACCAUCAUCACCAUCACAACACUGGAUGAGAAGCUCCAGUCUCCCAUGUAUUACUUCCUGAAGCAACUUUCCAUUCUCGACACUUCGUUCAUCUCUGUCACCAUCCCCCAGUCCACUGACAAUUCUCUCACGGGAAAUGGCUAUAUUUCCUAUGCUCAGUGCAUGCUCCAGGUUUUCUUCUUCACCUCUUUGGGCUGGGCUGAGGUGGCCAUUCUCACGGUGAUGUCUUAUGACCACUCUGUAGCCAUUUGCUUCUCACUGCACUAUGAGCUCAUCAUGGACCCCAGAAAGUGUAAGAGAGCUGUGACAGCUUUAUGGGUAAGUGGAGGCACCACAGGAAAUUUGCAUAUGGCUGUCACAUUGUCUCUCACAUUCUGUAAAGCCCAAGUAUUUCACCAGUUCUUCUGUGAUGUCCCUCAAAUUGUGAAGCUCUCCUGCUCCAAUGAUUACCUUGCUGUUGAGAGAAUAGAUAUUGUCGUCAUUGGGGCAGCCUCAGCCUGUUUCAUCUCCAUUGCCUUCUCCUACACCCAUAUAUUCUCCACGGUCCUAAGAAUCCCCUCUGCUGAAGGCCGAUCUAAGGUCUUCUCCACCUGCUUGCCACACCUCUGUGUUGUCUCAAUUUUCCUCUCCACAGGCAUGUGGGCAUAUCUCAAACCAACUUCAGACUCUUCAACUACCUUAAAUCUUUUACUAUCUAUCUUUUACACAGUAAUUCCUCCACUCAACCCUGUUAUCUACAGUCUGAGGAAUGAGACCAUGAAGAGAGCUAUACAGAAGCUAAUGUUGGAUCAUGAGUUCACUGAGAAAACCAUGGUUUUUCCAAUGCCAUUGAUCAAUCUCCAAUAUUAUGUAUCUGGAAAUUUUUAUUAG